AAGGCCUGGAGUGCGGAAAGAGCUUUUGCCAGAAAAAACGCCUCCCUUAUUGCCCUUCAUCCAAACCACAAGGAGACUGAACUACUGUAAUAGAGAAGGGUGACUUUAAAACAGUAUUUCUUUGUUUUUCCCUUUUUGGGAAUGACUGAAAAUUUUUUAAAACUUUCUUUCUGAACAAACUGGCUUCUUUUGGUGAAAUAUCCAAAAAUGAUCCACCCAGAGGGAAAGUGUCCUUGCAAUACAGCAAGGGAACCACUGACCCCAUAGGGAAGCUGAUGAAGAAACACAAUAUACAAACCAUCAACAGACCCACGAAGAAAAUCCAACAUAUGCUAACCUUCAGCAAAGGACAAGAGGGAUCCUCUCACCUCUGCAGAAGUCUAUCGUAUACCGUGUAGCUGUGGACAAGUCUACUUAGUGAUCACCAAACAUAGCAUUGCCCAAACACAAAUCAAGGAACGUGAAAGGCACUGCAGAUUAACUUAGCCUGAGAAGUCAGCCAUAGCAGAGCACUUGAUGAACCACUCUGACAACUACCAUGUCGGACUACACAGAAAAGCCAUUGAUAUCCACAAGCAUGUGGAAAAUUUCAACAAAAAGGAGGAAACAAUAAAAAUGAACAAAAUAUGUCUACCGGUAUUUUAAAAACUCUAAAAUCAGGAUGGUAAAUAAAGAGCAAGACUCAAAACGUAAGGGAAUACCAGACAAUAAUUAAUCAGGGACAUCAAACACCUCCCCACAAAAGAUUCCCCCUAGCAACAACCAGCCAGGCCUUGAAACUGCAGGCCAUUAAAAUGCUAAUCAAGGUGGCAAAUUGCAACAUUCACACGUACCUCAAGCAGACAAGGGUUCUUUUCCCCACCCUGGACAUUCCACAGAUAUAUAAACCUCACUCACUUAUUUUCCAACAGACACCUCAACUUCUGAGGAUGCGUGCCAUAGAUGUGGGCUAUGGAGAGAAUGCUCCUGGAACAUGACCAUACAGCUCAGAAAACUCACAACAACCCAUUAAAGAAAAAGUUACUAAAAAUAAGACAGAAGACAAGAAGAAGCUUCAGGCUAGACAAGAUUCAUGGCCAGGUAUAUGGAGUAUAUGUUGGGAGUCCCCCUUUUCUCUCCACAAAGGAGACACAAAGCAACUGUUCCCUUUGCUCUUCUUCUAUGAGCAUGGAAAGAUGUCUAUCAUGGGUAAGAUGGAUAGCUUGGCCCUGCUAACUUUCCUAUCUAUUUAUGUUCUUUGAAUAAAGUCUUCUUUGUAAGCUUGACUCUUCUCCUGAAUUGCUUAAGCUCAGUCUCUCUAUUGCUUGUACCAGAUGGUUCUGAUUUGCUGAACUGCUGCAACAGUUGUUGUUGCUGAUUAUGUAUAUGUAUGUUUUAAUAUUAGUAUUUAAUAUUCUAACCCUUCCUUAUACUUUUUCGAAUUCUUUCAGUCCCUGGCCAAACUUCUAUUGGACUUCCAGAAUCUUCUCCCUUUCUCUCCCUGCUCAGCUUUUCUCACCCUGCUAUACUCUUAUUUAUGCAGGCCAAAAUCCCAUUGGCUUUUUUGCCACCACAUCACAUCGUUGGCUUAUGUUUAACUUGUUGUCCACAAAAACUCCCAAUAUCAUUUUCAUGCGUACUGCUCUCGAGCCAGGCAUCUCCCAUUCUGUAUCUUUGCAUUUCAGAACAUGGCCAUAUAGCCUGGAAAACUCACAGCAAUCCAAGAGCACCAUUGGAUUGGGCCAUUGCAUUUAAAUGAUAUUGAUCACCACUGUGUAAAGUUACAAGAAAUGAAAGGAUUUGUCAACCUAAGGUUCUUCAAAACCAAACUCAUCCGCUUCAAGAACCACUGUGAUCCUACAUGGCGGCCUCCCAAAUGUCACCAUGAUUCCUGUGUGAAACUUUAUUAUGUCAUCCAUCCCAACAACCUGUAAUAUGUUCAGAGAAAGGCCACCAAAAAUGGUCAGUUCUAGCAGCCAAACUGGAUUAGAUGUGCAUGUAGUUCCUUUUUGGAGCUCUAAGUGCAUUUGGGGGCUAAAAUCUUGGCCGCAGCAAGCAUAGCCCUCCCAGGAUGCAUCUACACUACAGAGUUAAUGCGGUUUGACAGCACUUUUAAUUGCAAUGGCUCAGAAUUAUGCAAUCCUGGGAGUUGUAGUUUGAUGAGACAUCAGCAUUCUCUGGCAAAGAAGGCUCAAGACAUCGUAAACUCCUGCCCCCAUGAUUCCAUAGCAUUGAACCAGAGCAAUGAAAGUGGCAUCAGGCUGCAUUGAUUCCAGUGUAGAUUCACCCAAGGAUUUUGGAAUCACCUAGGAUGCAUCUGUUCUAUACUGUAAGCAUGUAUGCUGUCUGAUAACACGGAGAGUACCAUUUUUCAGUGUAUGGGAUCCUGGGAUUUGUAGUUUUUUGAGGGGGGGCACCAGCCUUCUUUGGCAGAGAAGGCUAAAGAGCUUGGAGAACUAGAACUCCCAGGAUUCCACAAUAUUGAGCCAGGGCCAUUGAAGUCGUGUUCAACAAGGAAGCUGAGGCAGGAAAAACAGGAGGGGCUCCUUGAUGGAAGGGUGGCUUAUUUCUCUUUUCCAUUGCUGGAAGAUUUAGAGUCCUAAAUAUGUAGCUGUAGCUGAGGGGGGUUAGGGGUUCAAACCCCCACUGAAAUUUUUCAGGUUUAAAAAAAGCCUGUUUUUUCUUGAAUUUUAACUGAUUAACUGGUUUUCUUUUCCAUUGCUGGAAGAUUAGAUGUCCUAACUCUCUGGUUUUUAAAGAAGCAGAUCUAUGCACAAGUUUUUCCAGUGGCUUCUUCCGAAUUCUAGCCUACAGCAUCUGGGAUUCGUUGGUGUCUCCCAUCCAAGUACUACCAGAGCCACCCCUUCUUCGCUUCCAAGUACAGAAAGUGUCUGGUUCCUUUAAGGCAGUGUCCCAAUUUCCAGACUUCCAGAGGUUUUGGACUUCAGCUCCCAGAAGCCUCAUCUUUCUUAGCCAAGGAUUAAAGACUGUGUUGAUUAAAGUCCAAACAUCCAGAGGACCUCAGUGUGGGAACUGCUGCUUUAAGUUAUUCAACCCUCUCCUGUUCCUGGGGAAAUGCCUUGAAAGCAGCAUCUCCCCAUGUCUUGCAAGAGGGAGGUUUUGCUCUAUGGCUUCCAAAGAGUUAAAGCAAAUGAUGUGGAUUCCUAGAGGGGAAGUCAAUGGCCAGUAAUAAGCCUCCUGCAGGCGAGGUCCCUCCUCUUCUGGCCAUGUGGGAAUCUUCCUGGAGGAGGAGGAGUGACUGGGUGAGCCUUGCAGGGCUUGUGGAGGAGGAGAGAGUGUGCCUUCCCAAGAGGGAGAUGGCUCUUCUGCCCAGGCUGGAGCCUGGCUGCAAGGACACAGGGCAGGUGGGAAAGCAAGAAGCCUUAGACCCUGAGCCAAGCACGGACCCUCCUGCCUUUCCUGCUGGGAAUGGAGGGCAGUUCUGGGAAGGAGGCCUUGUGGGGAAGGGGCCGCGGGGAGACAGCCCAUCUUCAGAGGCAGAGCGCCAGAGCUUCAGGCUGUUCACCUACAAGGAGACUUUGGGCCCCCGAGAGGUUUGCAGCCGCCUCCACUCUCUCUGCCGCCUGUGGCUGAAGCCUGAGGAACAUACAAAAGCGGAGAUGCUGGACCUGGUGCUCCUGGAGCAGUUCCUGGCCGUCCUUCCUGCAGAGAUGGAGCGCUGGGUGAGGGAAUGUGGGGCAGAGACCAGUUCCCAGGCCGUGGCUUUGGCUGAAGGAUUCCUCCUGAGUCGGGCAGAAGAGGAGACAGACAAGGAGCAACAGGCACAGGACUUGUGUGCAGAAGUGGGCACUGCAUUGGAAAGGCCUCCCUCCACCUGCAGCCGGAUGCUGGAUUGUGCAGGACAAAGGGAACCUCCCAGAUCCACAAGAGGUGAAUCAGAACCAACACAUACUGGCUUCCCUCUUCCUUUUGAUGUACUCAGCACACAUUCUGUGACACCACAUCAGGUGACCUUCCAAGAGGUGGCUGUGUUUUUCAGUGAUGAGGAGUGGGCCCUGCUGGAUCCGGACCAAAGGGCCUUGCAUCAACAAGUCAUGAAGGAAAAUCUGGAAACUGUGUCCUCUCUAAAAACUCACAGAGAAGGGGAAUCAUCUCAAUACCGGGACUGUGGAGACAAGAAGGAGUUGGGCCUUUCUGGUCAACAAGCAACGUACGCUAAGAGGAAGCCCUUUAAGUGCUUGGUGUGUGGAAAAUUUUUCCGUAAUAAGAAAAGCUUUGCUCGUCAUGAAGCAGUGCACACCGGAGAUAAAAAGUUUAAAUGCUUAGAGUGUGGAAAGGGCUUCAUUCAGAAGGCAAGCCUCACUUCUCAUCAAACUAUUCAUACUGGGGAAAAGCCAUUUAAAUGCUUGGAGUGUGGAAAGAGUUUCACUCAGAAGAUAAGCCUUACCUAUCAUCAAGCUACCCAUACUGGGGAGAAGCCAUUUACAUGCUUUGAGUGUGGAAAGGCCUUCAUUCAGAAGGCAAGCCUCACUUCUCAUCAAACUAUUCAUACUGGGGAGAAUCAAUUUAAAUGCCUGGAGUGUGGGAAGAAUUUCACUCACAAGAAAGGACUCACCUCUCAUCAAGCUACUCAUACUGGGGAGAAGCCAUUUACAUGCUUGGAGUGUGGAAAGGGCUUCAUUCACAAGAAAAACCUGAUUCGUCAUGAAGCAAUUCAUAUUGCGGAGAAACCAUAUACAUGCUUGGAGUGUGAAAAGAGUUUCACUCAGAAGACAGGCCUCACUGAUCAUGAAGCUACUCAUACUGGGGAGAAGCCAUUCAAAUGCUUGGAGUGUGGGAAGUCUUUCAUUGAGAAGAGAAAUCUCACUUCUCACCAAAGAAUUCACUUGGGGGAGAAACCCUUUAAAUGUGUAAAGGGAUGCUUUGCCUCUCACCAGACCAUUCACCCAGGGAAGAAACCCUUUCAAUGCUUGGAGUGUGGGAGAUCUUUUACAGACAAAGGAGGUCUAAUUGCUCAUCAAGCAACACACUCUGGGCAAAAGCCAUUCAAAUGCUUGGAUUGUGGGAAGGGUUUCGUACGGAAGUCAAACCUCACACAACAUCAAAGAAUCCACACUGGGGAAAAAUCCUUUCAGUGUUUGGAGUGUGGAAAGAGUUUCCGUAAUAAGAAAAGCUUUGCUCGUCAUCAAGCAGUGCACACCGGAGAUAAAAAGUUCAAAUGCUUGGAGUGUGGAAAGGGCUUCAUUCAGAAGGCAAGCCUCACUUCUCAUCAAACUAUUCAUACUGGGAAAAAGCCAUUUAAAUGCUUGGAAUGUGGAAAGAGUUUCAGUCAGAAGAUAAGCCUCACCUAUCAUCAAGCUAAUCAUACUGGGGAGAAGCCAUUUACAUGCUUGGAGUGUGGGAAGGGCUUCAUUCAGAAAGCAAGCCUCACUUCUCAUCAAACUAUUCAUACUGGGGAGAAGCCAUUUAAAUGCUUGGAGUGUGGGAAGAGUUUCACUCACAACAAAAGCCUCUCCUCUCAUCAAGCUACUCAUACUGGGGAGAAGCCAUUUACAUGCUUGGAGUGUGGAAAGGGCUUCAUUCACAAGAUAAGCCUCACCUAUCAUCAAGCUACUCAUACUGGGGAGAAUCCAUUUAAAUGCUUGGAGUGUGGAAAGAGCUUCAUUCAGAAGAUAAGCCUGACCCGUCAUUUAGUAAUUCAUACUGGGGAGAAGGCAUAUACAUGCUUGGAGUGUGGAAAGAGUUUCACUCAGAAGACAGGCCUCACCGAUCAUCAAGCAACACACUCUGGGGAGAAGCCAUUCAAAUGCUUGGACUGUGGGAAGGGCUUCGCACGGAAAGCAAACCUUACACAACAUCAAAGAAUCCACACUGGGGAGAAACCAUUUAGAUGUUUGGAGUGUGGAAGAAGUUUCAAACGGAAGAGAGCCCUCCAUCUUCAUCAAAAAACACACACACGGGAAAUAACCCUUUAAAUGCCCGGAGUGCGGAAAUAACUUUUGCCAGAAGAAACACCUCCCUUGUUUUCCCUCAUCCAAGCCUUAUUUAUUUAUCAUUUCAGAAGUGAACCGAGGGUACAAAUUGUAAUGUAUUUGAAAACACAAAGUUUCAAAGACUUGGCAUUAUAAUAAAUGUCCUUUGAUCAAUA